AUUUCGAACUGUCUCGUCGCAGACAAACAAUCCGGAAAAAGGCCCAGAAACGAGCGCGGGAGGAUAUCUGGAUUGGAUUUGAAAUGGAAGGUUGCUCAGCGGCGCCACGAUUCAAAACCUUAAUAAGAACGAAGGUUAAGUGAGAUAUCACAUCAUUCUAAAUAUUAACCCGGACGAUACUUAGUUUAUAUUCAAGGCAUGUAAACUGAACGACGCAACAUGCUAGAAACUUAUAAACUCACCGUCAGAUAAAGUGAUUCACUGACCCAAUUGUUUAUUGAAAAAGAUAACCGGAACACACAUGUAGAACGCUUUAUUUGCGUACUAUAAUACACUGUUUUAAAUUAAAUUUAUUGUUUAUGGACUCUACACGUACAAACCUGAAAACAUUGCGGAGAGACGCCAUUGCUCAGGCGUUUGAGAGAACGAAGAAAGAAGUAUGUUUCCCCGAGGGAGAGCUAGUAUUCAUCACGGAGGAUCGGCUUGAUGGCGCUCUCUCAAUGCCUAGACAAUGCUUCAUUGACGAUGAGCCGAUGGGGAAGAGUAUCGGGGUUCAGUUUACUGAGGAGUUUAAACUCUUCUGGCUCGCCACCUUUAGACAGGGGCUAUCGUUUAUGCUGGUAAAUCCAACUAAUGGAGAUAUUAUGGGAUUCCGCGGUAUUUGUACGGCAUUUAAGGAGGACAAGGACGAUGUAAAUCAGAUUAAGGAUGCUUCUUUACGAAAAAUAUUUUCAAUUCUUGGUGUCCUUGCGAAGGAAGCUGACUUUUUCGGAAGAUAUGACAUCGAAGAAUGCUUUUAUUUUCUCGGUCUGGGAGUAGCAAAGCAGUACAGGAAAAGGGGAAUUGCAAAGAGACUAAUGGAAGCAGGAAUAGUUUUCUUAAGAAAUCUAGGUGUCGACCCCGUGUACAUUAAAAGUGAGGGGACGUCCAACUUUUCCAAGAGAAUCUUUGAACAGCUGGGAUUUGAAACGCUUGCCGAAAUUAAGUAUGAAGAAUAUGAAGUUGAUGGCGAAGUAGUGUUCAAGAACACGGGGGAACACAAGUCUGUAAAAGCGUAUGGAAUGAAAAUAAGUAAAGCAUAACAUGCACAUAAAAUAAUGAUGAAGACUAUGUGUUUAUAUGAACUAUUUUCAUCAUUAAAGUUUGUCUUGAAUGUUAGUUAAAUGCAUGUUGGUUUAUUAACGUAUACUAUGUGACAGUAUUAAGAUCAAUAAAAACUAUAACUCCAA